AUGGCUUAUGAACCCGAGGUAAUCCAAGGUCAUCAGCUAUAUGCUACCGCAGCUUGCAAUACCCUGAGAACAGUCCGACGUCUCACUCUUGUACCUCCCAAGGUUCCCUUCUUCGCUGCUACAUACCUGAGUACUCAGCACCGUCAGUAUGCACACUGGAAAGAUCGACAAGCUCUUGUAAAUACAGUUCUGAAGGUCUCUCAGCAUUUUUAA